AUGGCCUCGAGGGUGACAGGGAGCAGCGCUGCCGUCGUGGCCGCGGCCACGGGAGCGCCGCUGGCCCCGCGCUGCCGGGCGCUCUCCGGCCGGGACCCCGGCGCCCAGGCUGUCGGCGCCACCGUGGGGCUCGGGAGCCCYGUGCUCCAUUCUGAGCCCCAGGAGCUUCAAAGCAAAAACAACUGGGUCUUCUGUGGCCCUGUGCCUAGCCAUGCAUAUACAUAUAGCUGGGUGUUUUCUGCUAAUCUUGUGUUUUAUCUUUCCUUUCUUAGUCAUAUAGAAAAAAUUACAACAUGGCAAGAUCCUCGAAAAACUAUGAACCAGCCGCUGAAUCACAUGAGCCACCAUCCUGCAGCUACUUCCACACCGAUGCCCCAGAGGUCCAUGGCGAUGUCCCAGCCAAACCUGGGUGUGAGCCCGCAGCAGCAGGUAGCAGCCGUGCCGCAGCAGAGCCGCCCGGCGCCGCAGCCCACACUCCUGGGGCUGCCCAGCGCCCUGACCACGCAGCAGCAGCAGCAGCAAAAGCUCAGGCUCCAGAGGAUCCAGAUGGAGAGAGAGCGCAUCCGCAUGCGGCAGGAGGAGCUGCUGCGGCAGGAGGCCGCAUUGUGCAGACAGCUUCCCAUGGACCCAGAAAGCAUGGCCCCAGUUCAGACUGCUGUGAACACACCUGCAAUGACGCAAGAUCUGCGGCCUGUUACAAAUAACGGAUCGGAUCCUUUCCUGAACAGUGGCCCAUACCACUCCAGGGAGCAGAGCACGGACAGCGGCCUAGGACUGGGAUGCUACAGUAUACCAACCACACCGGAGGAUUUCCUCAGCAAUGUAGAUGAGAUGGAUACAGGAGAAACUGUAGCACAGACGACAAUGAACAUAAAUCCACAACAGACACGUUUCCCUGAUUUCCUCGACUGUCUUCCAGGAACAAAUGUUGAUCUUGGGACUUUAGAGUCAGAAGACUUGAUCCCUAUCCUCAAUGAUGUGGAGUCAGUACUCAACAAAAACGAGCCCUUCCUCACUUGGCUGUAACCAUCCAUUACUUAAUGCCAAUUCAGCCCAUAAUGCAAUUCAGCAUUUUCUUUUCCUCCUGAAAUAGAGGUAGAGUAUCUGAAAAUCCUCAGAGGUGCAACUUGCUGCCUUAAUGACUU